ACAACACAACUUUUGUAGACGACGGCGCUUCGUUAGUUUUUUUUACGUCUCUUCGUCAUUCCUGGCUGCCUCUCGUUCACAAAACCGGCUUCAUGUUUUUAAUUUAAUCAAUACCGUUUUGGGUCAUCAACCGAGCAGUUCAUUUGAUGGCAGUCGUCUUCGCAAGUGAAUUAUUAGAAUAGAAUCGAACGCUAAGUGUGUAUUUUAUUAUCAUAAAUGGGAGUAGGGUCUUAUUUUAGCUGGAUAACGGCACUGAGUGUCUUUGCAGCACUCUUUUCCAUAAUUUACCAGGGCUAUCUAGCAUCCGGUGAUCUCAAAAGUCUGACUGUGAUUAUACAAAAUCUCAAAACCUUGGAGCAUCAGCACAAGGUGCAGCAGCCCCGGGUAGCGAUUGGCUAUGGAUCGUGCAGUGAUCUCUACGUAAAAGCUGUUGAUUUCCUAAAUUUCACCAGUAGCUUGGACGAAAAACUACGACAGACAACCUCGUUCAAUGUGGACGAUAUCACUAGCGAGGAUGAGUUUCUGCAAAGUUUUGCAUACUAUUUUCAACGUGGAGCUGCAGCAGAGCGGUUCACUUCAAACAAGGAACUUUUUCAAAAGCUAGUGAGACUGGCCAAGAAACACGCAGCGGCAGAGCCACGAUGGGCUUUAGGCGGAAAUGCACCGGUGAUCGGUUCCCGAUUGGCUGCAGAAGGUGCUACCGUUGUGCUAGGUGCAAAAAUGUCCUCAAAACUGAAAUCUCACUUACGUCCUGAUGUGCAAUUAACCGGAAGUCUCAUCGAAGACGACGACAUCCAUCUGAUCCUGGAGUACAAGACUGGCGACGAAUGGGGUCCUCUGCGUUCCCCACGAGCGAAUCGAUACAUUUUGCAUAAUGAUCACCACAAUCCGUUUAUCAGCUCUUUGGAGGAGUUUGAAACGGCACUGCCCGGUUUUAAUCCGCAUUUAUUUGUAGUAAGUGGCCUGCAAAUGAUGGACAACUACGUGUACGAAGCCGGUGUGCGAGAAGGUCGAGUGCAAAAGGUCAACUCUCAGAUGAGGAACCAAUCACCGGACACACUUAUCCAUUUCGAAAUGGCGAGCUUCGUAGAACUGGAACUUUUACAACUGCUCCUGGAGAAAGUUGUUCCGUUUAGCGAUUCUUUGGGUAUGAACGAGCAAGAGUUGGACAACCUUCAGCAAGUCUUGCAAACGGGAAAGAUCAGCUUGGUGGCCGAUAGCAAUCCAAGGGUGGCCUUGUCCCUGGAUCAAGCGAGAACCGUUUUCCGAACAUUGAAUGAAGAAUAUUUCCGGCAGCGAUUCAAAGAUCCCAGCCGACGGAUGCUGACUCGUCUUCAUCUGCAUACCCUUGCCUACCAAGCAAUUUUAGUCGUUAAAGACUCCAAAUGGAAGAAUACUAAAAAUGCGGCUGCCAAAGCUUCGCUCACUGCCCACCGGCACGUCUGUGCCAGUAAGAUUGUUAAUCCGGACGCCGCUUAUCGAUUGCUGGAUGACAGCUUUGCUACAUCUGCAACGCCAGGAGCCCGAAGAAUCCCGUUCAAAGAGCAGGAUCCGGUUUCUUGUUGGGAUGAAUCCAUCCAAAUUGACUCUGGUCGAACACUGGAGGUGCAAAUCUGCGUGGCGCCGGUGCUGAUCUGUAAGGUGGCCAAGCAAACUGCCGGUGCUGGAGACAACAUUUCCGGUGCAGGAUUGGUACUGCAAAUUUAGUAGUAUUGACGAUUUGUAAACCGAAACAUCCCUGUAAUCUGAAGACUUUGAAGAACUUUGUUUCUUUUAGACAUUUCAAGCGCUGACGUAAAAUCUCUUAACAUUCUUUUAUGUUAACGUUACUUUUUGGUAUUUAGGCCAAUUGGUUCGCAACGCAACAUUCCAACUUGAUUCCACCUUUACUGUUAAACGUUAAAAAACCUAUUUGAGAAUGCAUAAUAAAGAAAGUUUUAAUUAAACUA